AUUAGAUUAAACGUGGUUCCACAUCCUAUGUAGUGCACUUAAAACAGGAGCUAUUUGGAAAUUAGCCAGAGCGUUUUGGGCUCGUCAGUCAAAGUAGAUAUCCUGAGGGCUACGCGAACGGCAUGCUGGGAUAGAAGAUGUAAACAUCAACUGGACCAGGAAAGGAGCUGCAGCUCCAAUACGGAAAUAUUUUUUUUUUUAUACCGGAUACGUUUAUAAAGACUUUUCUCAGUACAAGUUAUAUCAGUUAGUUACGGCGUACAGGAAUGUGACAUUUUUUCCUCGAAAGAAAGGGAGAGAACUCCUGUGAAACCACAGCACCACUGCCGAGCUAGCUAGCCCACGCUAAUAUGGAUAGCUCGCUGGUUAGCUUCAUGCUCACGUAAUUUUUCACCAACCGUCGUGUUUAUCCUGCUUUCGUUUAAAAGGAAAUCCAACCUUUAUCACUGAUGAAGAUGGGAGUGAAGACGUUUACCCACAAUUCACCCAGUCACAGCCAGGAGUUGUUGGACAAGCUCAAUGCGCUGCGCAGCGAGGGCCACUUCUGCGAUGUUACUAUCCGUGUUCAGGGCCAGCUUUUCUCUGCCCACAAGGUAGUGCUGGCUUGCUGCAGCGACUUUCUCAAAGCUAAGCUCUCGGGGAAGCCAAGUGAGGAUGAAGCCAGCACAGAGGACAACAAGGCAGUUUUGGACCUCCACCAUGUUACUGUAGCAGGCUUUGCUCCACUGCUGGAAUACGCCUACACAUCUACACUGUCUAUCAGCACAGAGAACAUUAUCGAUGUCCUGGCCGCCGCCAGCUACAUGCAGAUGUUUGCAGUGGCCAACACCUGCUCAGAAUUCAUGAAGUCCAGCAUCUUGUGGAACUCGACCUCAGCUUCCAGCAACACCGCCACUCUUCACCGGCCCCAGGAAGCUCCAGAAGGUGCGACAACUUGCACUCUGACUCCACUAGAUGCCCUAUCACCCUCGCCGGUGUCUUCAGAAUGCAGUGCACCUGAGCGGCCCGUCCCUGUGUGCCGUGAGUCGCGCCGCAAACGUAAAGGCUUCACUAGCCCACAACCAACCUCCUCAUCCUCACCACAAGUCCCAAAUCCUUCACCUUCAUCGUCUUCCUUCCCUGAGAGCUCUGCUCAGACCCUGGAACCCUCCCUUGCAUUUUCAUGGACUUACCCGUUUGGUGUAGAUCGCCGCUUCACUUCAGAAAAGGCCAAACUUCCUGAGGGGUUGCUGGAGUCUAGUGGACCAUCCGGACAAGACGGAGGCAGCCGGGCAUUGGUGGAGUACUUGUCCUGUGAAGGCCCUCGGGCACUGGGUGUGGGUGGGACGGCCGUGGUAGAAGAGGAAGAGGAGGAUGUGCAAGUGAAGGUGGAAAGGCUGAGCGAUGAAGAAGCACACGAGGAGGCAUCGCAGCCAGUCAGCGCCUCACACAGCUCACUGACCGACCAGCAAACUGUGCCUGGCAGUGAACACACCCAUGAGGACCUGCUCAUCAGCCCUCAGUCUUCAUCCAUAGGCUCCAUGGAUGAAGGGGUGACAGAGGGCCUUCAGUCCAUCCAGGGCACCCCAAACACUACUGGCCACAUGGAGGAGGACGAACGGCUGGAAAAUGUUCAGUAUCCUUACCACCUGUACAUCAGCCCUUCCACACGCCCGGGACUCAACGGGCCUGAGCGACCAUUCCAGUGCCCCACAUGUGGAGUCCGCUUUACUCGAAUCCAGAACCUUAAGCAGCACAUGCUCAUCCACUCCGGCAUUAAGCCGUUCCAGUGCGACCGCUGUGGGAAAAAGUUCACGCGGGCCUACUCCCUAAAGAUGCACCGUCUGAAGCAUGAAGGUAAACGCUGUUUCCGGUGCCAGAUCUGUAGCGCCACAUUCACAUCCUUCGGUGAAUAUAAGCACCAUAUGAGGGUGUCCCGCCACAUCAUCCGCAAGCCUCGGAUUUACGAGUGCAAAACGUGCGGCGCCAUGUUUACCAACUCCGGCAAUUUAAUCGUACACCUGAGGAGUCUGAACCAUGAGGCAUCAGAGCUAGCAAACUACUUCCAGACCAGUGAGUUCCUCCUCCCAGACUACUUGAGCCACAUGCAGGAGGAAGAGGAGGAGAACCUGGCCCAUUUUGAGAUGACCGAGCAAGCCUUCGAUGUCACCGCCACCUCCUCCUCCUCCUCUUCCUCAGUACAAACACCUGUCAUCUCCCAGGUCUCCUCAACCAUGAACUACGACUCUCGAUCCUCUGCCUCCAUGGCCCAGAAUUCACCAGGCUCUAGAGCAGGCCAUGGAAGUGAGGAGGGAACAGCAGGGGAGGAGGCAAAAAAUGGCAUAGUUCUCACCUCUUUACCAGAGUUGGAGAAAGAGGAAAAGGAGAAAGAGGGUGAGGGACAGAACCAAAAGAAAGCACUUGUGUCAAUUACAAUCGAAUGAGAAGCAUUCCAUUUAAUUAUUUUUGUGUGUGUUUUUGUUUUUGUUUUGUUCUUUUAAAGAUCUUGUUGCCUGAAUCAGUAUAAUGCAAAAGAAAUAAAGUGAACACUGGACUCUGUGUGGAGAAUGCAAGUUGGAAUACUUAUUAUAGUUGACUUUUUAAAAGCUUCAUAUGUAGUCGUGAACAGUUCUUUUAUAGGAAUGUUAUUCUUUUCAUUUGCUUUGUAUAGGAACAUAGUUAUAUGUCGUGAUUUGUUUUAAGAAGUUGCUUAAUCUGAAAUUCAGACAUUGUAAACUUGAAAUGUUUAGACAUUUUUAACUGUCCUGUAAUUGUUUUUUGUCCCUGAAGCUUUAUCAGCUAAAUUAUGACCCUCUGUGAGGCCAUAUGUUAAAGGAUUUUGUGUAUGAGUAAAAGCUGUGAGAUGAUUACACCUUCGCCUUAUUCAGUCAGGCUCGGUCAUGCUGGACAGUGAGUGGGAAAGUUGUUCCUUUAAGAUCUGUUUUUUUGUUUUGUUUUGUUCUUUCUCUUCUUUCCUCCCCUCUUGUCCCUUUUGAAGUAAUUUGUUUAGUCUUGUAAAACAGAGCGCCUUAACUGUAGCACACUGCGCUUCCUGGCCUACAACCUGAAGAACCUUGUUUGAAGCCAACAAGCUGAAAUGUGAAAGACUGUGCUACUACUUCAUCUUCAUUCUUCUGCACCAGAAGAAGUCCAGUAUGAUGUGCCAUUUAGCCUUAUUUGGUCAAAUAAUCUUAGACUCCAUUCAAGGGAUUCUUUGUUGGUUGUCCUUCUUUUUCCAAAUGAGUGAAAUAUCAGAAUUUGUUGUGAUAUUAAUUGGGUAUUUUGAGCACUGCAUUGUAUUUGGGGUAAGGAAGAGUUAACAAUCACUCACCAACCCCACCGAGCCUCCAAUUUAUUUUCUACUGUAUAGCUAAAUGUUGACAGCUGUGCCUCACAUCUAGAAACCAUUGGGUUAAGCAUUUCUAUUAAGAAAUUAUCGACAAUUUCAAUACAUGCAAGAAGGUGAAAAAAAGGAAGAAAGGAAAUGAUUCCUUUCCUCACUGGCUAUACAUCUCUCCUCAAUUCCACUGAUCAGGCUAAUCAAUGGAAUUUUUAUCAAUAGUGCCAAUACGAUAGGUACCUAAUAUAUUUCCAGUACAAUCUGUGAAAUGUGACAUGACAAAUUGUGAAAUAUUUAUGUAGCACUUGCUCAAUUUGGUAAUUAGCAAAAGCACACAGUCUUGUGUGUCUUUUUUGUUGUUGUUGUUCUUUAUAUUUGACAUUGCACAAGGCAAUCAUUUGGUCAAAAGCUGCUCCAUUCCUAUAUGAUUUUCUCAAUAAACCAAUUGUUUGGUAUGCAUUGUGCAAUAUCCAGCUUUUAGAUGACACCCGUGUUUCCAAAUAUGGCUAAAGAAUGUGUUUAUUAUUAUUAUUCUUUCCCAAGUCCAAUAAACAGUUGAUAAAGUCAAUGACAAGCAGAUAAUUAGCAGGAAGAAUGGGUUUAGCACAUUCUCAAGAAAUGACAUUUCUUUUGAAGCUCUUUGAAAACCAGGUCCACUUCAUUUACUGACUAAUACAUUCAGUAACAUCUUGCUUCCUCUAUCUCACCAGGGCAUUUGUGGUAGAUUGAAACACCAGUGUCUUUAGUCUGAGCAUUCAUAGUGAUACACUUUCCACAACACGGUAUUGCCUUCUGUAUCCGCUUUCUUUCUGUGGUGUCUGCAUGUUGUCCCAGUCUAAAUGAAAUAAGAGCAAAAUUAAUAUAGCAUGGGUUGAUUUUAUUUGUUGGAUGUUUUGGAAGUGUGUGGAACUACAGUUUUUAUGUACAAUAUUCAAACUUCUGUGUCUGAAAUGUUUCAACAGAGAAAAAACUUGGUGUUUUGAUGGUCAUGAUACUCUUUCUGAUCCUGCAUUAUAAUACAAGUCACCUUAAAGUGAAAUUUUGUACAU